AUGGAGGAGUACGGCUACGAUGGCUCGCAGCACGCUGCUCAAGACGACUCGCUCUUGGGCACUGGCUUGACGACGCGCCAUAUCGAGGCCUUUGGCCGCAAAGUGACGUCGACGGCCAACCACCUCAUGGGCCCUGCAGCCACCGCCGAUGCGCAUUAUCAAACCGCCCUGACGGAAAUCCAUCGAGAGCUGCGGCGGCCAACCGCCCAGCGACGGCUCUUCGCGCUGGCCCAGACAUCGCCAACCGACCUGGUGCGCUCCAAGCUGUCCACGGCCGAGAUCCAGUCGCGAGCGCUCUCGUCUCUCCCCGACGACCUCCUGGCAAACAUUCCCGCAGACAACAGCUCCUACUCCCUUUUCCAAGGCUUCCAGGCCACUCUCCCCGAACCCGAAUAUGACGAAAAAUCACACCGCAGACGGAGCUCCAAGCACCAGAAACUCCUCGACGGUACCGCGCCGACUAAAGCCCUGCCGUCGUCGAAAGGCGGGCUGCAAGCGGAGCGCUCCAAGCUGAAUCGCCGUCUGGACAUGAUGGGCGUUCGCAAGAACAUGUGCAGUGCAGAGAUUCACGAGAUUGACAGCAAAAUAGCAAACUUAAAUAAUAUGCGCAAGAUUGUUUUGGACCGACUAGCCGGACUGGAGCUAGACGAAGGGGAGUUGGAGACCAAAAUCGUCGAUUUGGAUACAAAAAUAGAAGACAUGGAGGACGAAGAGGAAAUGGUCACAGCACAGGCUACGCCAAAAUCAGAGGCAGAUGAGCCUUCCGACCCAGCUCUAGACGCUUCGUUCAUGUCGGAAUCAAUCUACCAGAAACUACCAUCACAUUCACCGCGCGGUCGAAAAAUGAGGUCGAUAAGGAAAAAAUCAAUGCCGAUUUUACACGAACACUUUGAGCCUGGCACUGCUAUCAAGGAGAUCCCAGCUCACAACGACAUAAUCACAGCCCUCGACUUUGACUACCCAUUUGGCACCAUGGUUAGCGCAGCUUUGGACGACACCGUCCGGGUGUGGGAUCUCCACGAGGGGAGAUGCGCCGGGUUCCUGGAAGGCCACCAUGCGUCAGUCAGGUGUUUGCAGGUGGAGGACAAUAUCGUCGCCACGGGCUCCAUGGACGCUUCAAUCCGCAUCUGGGACCUCAGCCGAGCUCAGCAUGUAGAGCCGACAAGUCGGAUCGACAAGCCUACGAAUAUUGAAGAAACAGAAGAUGGGGAACUGAACGACUCCAGCCCACCUCUAUCGUCACAUUCCUCGUCCAAUUUGGAAGACUGCGAGCUCUUCUCGCUAGAAGCACACGUCGAUGAAGUUACGGCCUUGCACUUCCGUGGAAACACACUCAUUUCCGGCUCCUCGGACAAGACGCUGCGACAGUGGGAUCUCGUCAAGGGACGCUGCGUGCAAACCUUGGAUGUUCUAUGGGCUGCAGCGCAAGCAUCAACAUCGAUACCAACUGGGCCAAGCACGACCUGGCGUCCAACCGGUCGCCAGGCCGAUGCGUCAGCCGAUUUCGUGGGUGCCGUGCAGUGCUUCGACGCCGCUUUGGCCUGUGGAACUGCAGACGGCAUCAUCCGUCUCUGGGAUCUCCGUAGCGGCCAAGUGCACCGCAGCCUAGUAGGACACACCGGCCCUAUUACGUGUCUUCAGUUUGACGAUGUCCAUUUGGUGACAGGCAGCUUGGACCGAAGUAUACGGAUAUGGGACCUCCGCACUGGAUCCAUCCAUGACGCCUAUGCAUACGACAACCCGAUUACCAGCAUGAUGUUUGACUCUCGCCGCAUCGUGUGCGCGGCCGGCGAGAGCGUGGCCAAGGUGUAUGACAAGACCGAUGGCCACCAUUGGGACUGUGGCGCCGGUGCAGGUGAAGCCAGCACGUCGUCUAUUGUUGAGCAUGUUCGUGUCAAGGAUGGCUAUCUUACCGAAGGCCGCAAGGACGGCAUUAUUGGCGUGUGGACGUGCUGA